GGUAGGGGAAGCUCAGAGCCUCCCUCAGAGAAAGGAUGAGGACAGCUGGGUCAGAAAUGGAACUGCCCUCGCUGUCGUCCAUGGCUACAGUCACGUUCAACUACGACUACUACUACGAUGACCAGUGCCAGUACCAGAACCUGCAACAUAUGUCUACUUUCCUGCCUAUCCUUUAUAGUGCCGUGUUCCUGGUGGGCAUUGUUGGCAACUCAAUCCUGAUAGCAGCCUUGGUCUUCAAGCGACGGGUCCAGAGGCUGAUUGACAUCUUUAUCAUCAACCUCGCUGCAUCUGACUUCAUCUUCCUCAUCACGCUGCCUUUCUGGGUGGACAUGGAGGUGUCGGACGAGAGCUGGAGGGUAGGAUCUUUCCUCUGCAAAGCUAGUUCCUAUGUCAUCUCAGUCAACAUGUACUGCAGCAUCCUGCUCCUCACCUGUAUGAGUGCUGACCGCUACCUCGCUAUCAUGCACCCCUCUGUCGCACGGCGGGUCAGGACAAGAUUCUAUUCCAGAACACUCUGCAUCUGCGUCUGGCUGUUAUCCUGCUGCUUAGGCGUGCCGACCCUUUUGUCCAGAGAACUGAAGAUGCAAUAUGGAAAGACUUACUGCACAGACACAGCCGUGACAGAAGUCAAACAGAUCAUGUCACUGAUGCUUUUAAUCCUAGCCUUCUUCUUCCCACUGUUGAGUAUCUUAACCUUUUACUGCUCCAUCACCAAAAGACUCUGUGUGCACUAUCAGAAGGCUGGGAAACAUGAUAAGAAGCUGAGAAAAUCCAUCAAGAUCGUCUUCAUUGUAGUGGCAGCUUUUGUUGUCUCCUGGGUUCCUUACAAUCUUUUCAAGCUUAUGGCCAUCCUUUUACGACUCCUAAAGCAGCCCGACUGUUUUUCUGGCACAGUUGCCCAGCUGGGCAUGAAGGUGAGCAGCCCUUUUGCUUUUGCCAAUAGCUGUGCCAACCCUUUCAUUUACUUUUUCUUUGACAACUACAUCCGCAGAGCCAUGCUCCGGUGCCUGUGCCCACAGGUGAAAAUCAGCAGCAACAGCUCUGAUACCCUGGACACCCACCUGAGCCAUUCCUUAUCCAAUUUUGUGGCAGGGGAGUAUGCCACCAGGAAGAGAAAGCGCUCUGUGUCCCUCUGACUGCGAGCUGGGACUGCUAAGGAAGGAACUUCUUCUCCCAAAGACAGCAGGAAAAGAAAAGGAGAAACAAGCAACAGAGGCAAGUGUAAUGCAACCAGUGCUUCAGGUGGAUGUUGCUGCCUUUUAAAUGCAGAUAGAUGGAAACUUUAACCACAGAAUUACUUCACAGUGGUUGCUGUGACAAUGCAUGGUGUGAAUGUGACACCAUCAUACCAAGAAAUAGCUACAAAUGCUUAUACUGGAACCCCAAUUCAAACUCCAGAAAAGAACAUGUGAUUCAGUCAAGGCCUCUCUGGGACAAGCUUUGAACUUAUGUGUACAUAGGUUUUUAUUCUGUGCAAGAAAAGCAACCUGGGUGUUUCUUUUUGGUUCCUAGGUUGCCCACAAAUAAUGCAUGAUGUCCUCAAACCAACCUGAUUGAUUCUGGAAUUUUGGAGGUUUUUUGAACUCAAAAAUCCAAUAUUUUAAUGAAUUUGUGUGUUACCAGUUGUCACAGCUUGAGUUGUGUGCAUUUUAAAUCUCAGCUUCUUAAUACAGCAUUAAAUCUUUAGUUUUAAUUGUAAUAAUUUAAGUGUUUAGCCCCUUGGAUUUCAGAAAAAAACAGAACUUGAAGGCAAAGAAACCAGGAGAAAAGCAAAACCUUGCAUUUUAAACUUUCUCUUAAAGAAAACAAGACCAACAAAAGCACACUUGUGCUUUUUAAGACAUUUUUUUGAGGACCUGAUAAAAUUUCUGAUCGCUUGAGUCAGAACUAAAGCGUCACUGCCUUCAGUGUACUUCAGAGUUCAUCCAAUCUACAAGACUUUAAAUCAUUCUAGUUAGAGCUGCUGGUUUCUUUCUUUCUUGUUUUUUAAUACUUCAAAAUACCAGAUCGAAUUGGAAAAAUUACUAAGGAACUCCACCAACGUCUCAUGUCUAAAGCUUUAGUUUCUGGAAAUAACAAAUCAAUUUGAUAAAUAUUGUCAGGCUUUAGGAGAAUCACGUAUAAAUGCCACAGUGAAUGCUCCACAUGAACAAAUAAUUUAAAUAUAUGAGGUAACUCAUUCAGCAAAGGAAAACCUGCCAGAUUCUUUCAGAUUUUCAUCCAAAUUAGUAUAACUUAUUUUCUUGUGAACUGCAGGUCAUUUGACACUUUCAUGACAUGGUAAAUAUUAUUUCAAUCUUUUUUUUUUUUAAGAAAAGAAACCUAUACUUGAACAGCUUUACCUCAGGAACUUUUACUAUUCCAUGUUAACAUUUAUUAUUUGUUUGUUGGCAUUUACAUAUCUUAGAAUGAUGCUGAAAUUAUUGUGAUUGAAAGUAUUUAAUGUGGUAGGCUUGAAUAAUGUAACAGGAUGACUAUUUUAUCCAUGUUAAAAGAAUUGAAUUACAGUGAAUUGGUUUGCUAUGUAAAGUGGAAAUAGUGCAAUUCUGAUAUGACACCUGCAAAGACCUUGGCAAGUAAUUUGGAUUGGGCUUUUUUCCUCCCACAACUUUCAUUAUUUUAAAAUCAAUUCAGUAAGACUGCAGCUAAUAAAUAUGGUUUGGCUUUUUGUAAUCUUACUUCUAGUUUCAUUCUCAUGAAAAAGUAGCAAUGCAUUACUAGAAAAUCUGUCAGUGAGUCUGGAUGGGAACAUUCACCUGCCCAUCCCACAAUCAUUUUCAUUAUUUCAGAGAUUCUUUUAUAUUACCUUAGAAUUAAAUCAAGACCUUUUGAGGUUUUUAAUGAAAACAAAUACAACACCAGUACCAUCCCAAAUCUAGAGGUUGGUGCACUUUCUUGAGAUGUGCACAAUUAAAGCUGAAGUGACUUUUCUUCUUGAUAUAAAUCAGGAUCCUGUUAUAUACAUCUCUUGGUCUCUAUUUUGGCUUGAUUGAAUCAGCAGUUUUCAUAAAUAACAUAUUUCAUCUCAACACAAAUAAUAAUUGCAACCAGACCUGAUAGUUGCUUAAAUAGGCAAAGAAUUUUUGCCCCCUUAAUUUCAGCAGCAGAUGUGCUAACACUGACAGCUGCUCUACAGCUAAAUGGAACUUCGUGUUGCAGAGGACUGAGAGAAAGUCACACAGGGAAUAGUUUCAGACCCAAAAUAAGCAGGGCAAACUUACAGCCCUCAAAACAAGAAGAGUGGUGUAGUCACUGUGUGAACUGACCCUCCACAAGUAAUGCAGUGAAGAUUGGCUCUUGGAAGCCAAGAGGAGAACUUCCACUGACUUAAAUGCGUCCAGAUUUCAUCUGCAGCUUCUUGUCCUGGCUCCUUUGGACUGGUUGGAUGAAAAGCCCUGGCAGCCUGUCUGUGCCUCAGGUUUUUAAUAGGGUGGACUACAAAAAGAACAUUUCCUGACUUUGAAGCAAUGUUGCAAUGAUGUAUUUGUUGCCUGCUACGCAGGGACAGGAAGGUCUUUGACAAAAGAAGGUUGGGAUUUUCUCUUCAGGUGCUUGCAGGGCAUACUGUGCAAAGAAAUGUCCUCAUGGGUGAGGACACUUACACAUGCUCCUAACAGAUACACUGUUACUACUGGAAUACUAAUUUUUCAUCCCUGCAGGAUCACUUACAUUCGUGAGGUCAGCAGGAAUUUGUGAGCAGAUGUGCAAACUGUGAGCACAAAUCAUUACAUGUCCUCAAAUGUCUGACUGAAACACUUGGACUCAACGCUCUUAAAGGUCUUUCCCAAACAAAAUGGUUCUAUGAUUUUUCUCUGGCUUAAAAGGCUUCAACCAGUUAAGGAGGACAUUUCACGGGAAGUGAAGAACAGAAAACAGAGACCCACAAUCCUGCAAUGAAAAAUCCAUCACCUCGGGCUAUUUACCAAAUAUGUCAGCAUUCUGCAUAUUGUCAGAGAAAGGGAUCAGCUCAUGAACAGAAACAAAGAAAGAGCUACCUAAAUCCACAACGGAUGGAAACUCUCAAUGAGUUAAAUGGCCUCAGAAGUAAUUGCAAUAUACCAAAUGUCACACACAGAAGUGCCUAGGAACCUCUAGAAAACCAGAAAGGGCCCAAGAUAUCUCAUCUAACAUUUUAAUAUUGUACCACAAAGCCUGCAAGUAGUGCACUCUAGGUCUCAAUAACAGUCCAAGCAGCUGCUCGGUUUGCAGGUACAGGUGUUCAGUACGCUGCUGGAGUCUUGCUGCAAGUGACAGGAGGUUUUGGAAUAAUCCAGUCUCACUAAAUGACUGAGGGGCUUUGGCCCCAAGCAUCUGGGCAGCUAAGACUUGAGCUCAUGAUGAAGUAAAAGAACGCGAAAUACGGGAGAUGAGAAAGCAAGCCUUCAAGAAGAAAGGCAGUCUUCCACCUCUGAGCUGGUAAAAAAUUGCUGCCAAGUCCGGACUGUUUGUGUUCAUUUUUUCUUUUUUAAUAUGAGUCGAAAUGUAGUUUGUUUUUUUUUUUCCCAAUUCACCUGUAACAAAUUGCAGCAGCUUUGGAAAUUGAGGUCAUUCUGGUUUGAAAGCCAACAUGAUAAAUAUCAAUCAUCUAAAUAAUGCAUUGUGACCAAAAUAUAUGUUUUCAAACUUCAAAACAGUUUCGUUAUUAGUAAGAGACCACAUUCUUAGCCAGAAUCUCCCACUAAAUCUAGCAAGUAAAUAUACAUCUGUGAGAGAUGGUCUGAAGUUUCCUUCAUUUGCCUCAUGGCUGUCACAAGGACCUGCAGACCCCUGCCAGGAGCUCUGGCCUGGCCGAGGUGGGUGUGGACACUUGCCAAGUGACUGUGAGCAGGUGCGCUCACUGUGCUUCCACAGAACACUCUUCCACAGGUUCUGACAAGUGGUGGCUUGUCCCUGCAUGCCUGCACCUGCUUCACAAGACCAAGUGGUCUCUUCGCAAUGGCCCAUCAAUCUUCCCCACCUUUUGGUCAGAUGCCACUCGCUUUGGCUAAGGACUAUAUCAACCGUAACUUUCUAAGACGACUUCGGUGAACCCCCAUGGAUGACAGCAGAUCUGUGUGGCUGGGCCAUUGCGGACUUCAUCUCAGCAGUGGUAGCUAUAUUCCCCUUCCCCUUUUUUUUCUUUCUAUCUGUUAUGUCAUUUUUAGGCAAUCAGGUGCAGGAGAUUACUUUUAGAAUAACAAGAAGGCAUUUUACGAAUCUAUGAAGUUUUCUUUCUCUGAUUCAUGAGUGAACUAAUUAAACAGAGUCAUUUAAUCUUGCUUAGAAGAGGAUGUAAUGAUUCUAGGGUGAAUGCUUGCAACCCACUCUGUCAUUAUCCCAUUUGCUGUUGGCCCCUAAUAAAGGUGCAUUUUGUUGUUAUUAAACACAUAUUAAACUGA